AUGAAUAUCUGCAAUAAGCCUCCUAAUAAGACAGCUCCAGAGAACUUGGGAGAAGCUGUUCCUGAGGUGCAGGUCCAACAUGCUCGAAGGAAUGGCUGGAGUUGGCCUCUCCACAUUUUCCAGAUCCUUGCCUGGUUGCUCUACCUCUUCUUUGCCCUCGUUGGGUUUGGAAUCCUGGUUCCUCUCCUGCCCCUGCACUGGUUGCCUGCUGGUUACAUUUGUCCUGGGGUCUGCUUUAUCUACCAUUUAAUUGUCCAUCUUACUGCAGUCUCCAUUGACCCUGCAGAUGCAAACGUGAGAGAGAAAAACUACCUGGGGCCUCUGGCCACCUUCAGUCGUAGUCAACAUGCACAUGUCAUUGAAAACCAUCAUUGCCAUGUCUGUGAUGUCAAUGUGAGUGCCAAGUCAAAGCACUGUGGGACUUGCAACAAGUGUGUGUGUGGCUUUGAUCACCACUGCAAAUGGCUCAACAACUGUGUGGGGGAGAGGAAUUACUGGCUCUUUCUGAACAGUGUCCUCUCUGCCAUCCUGGGCCUGGCCCCUCUGCUGCUGGUCGCUUGCUACGUCCUGGUGCAGUUCUUCAUCGACCCCGCGGCGCUGCGCUCCCACCCUCACUUCCACGCUCUGAAGAACCACACAGACUCCUGGUUCGUGUUCCUUCCUGCAGCUCCUGUUGAGACUCAGGCACCUGCCAUUUUGGUGACAGCUGGGAUCUUCAUUCUUCUGAGCCUCAUGACUGUGAUCCUGCUUGGCCACCUCUUGAUCUUUCACAUCUAUCUCAUGUGGAACAAGUUGACUACCUACGAGUACAUCCUGCAGCAGCGUCCCCAACAAGAGGCCAAAGAGACAGACAAGCAGCGGGAAUCUUGUCCCUCCCAAUUCAGCCCCAAUCAGGAAGGAGACUUUUCCCCAGGUAACCCUGGUUAUACAGACCCUGGUGUUCCAGUAGAGGAAUUCUCAACAGCAGCUUCAGGAAAAGACUUUUCCAAGCUCUGUGUCCACAAUGAUGAGGCUGACCCUGAGCAGAGCUUCUCUCCAGACCCCCCAUCUCUUCACUUUGUGGUCCCAUCUCAGCCACAGAAGAAAAGAAGAAAGAAGACACGUGGAGCCUCCUUCUCAGCAGGGGACAGCAGCUCUAGACCACAGGCCAGACCUUGGCCCCCUUUCCCAGCCCCCCAGUCAGAAGUCCCAGCCACGGCUGCUGCCACCUCCUCCUCCUCCUCCCACAGCCUCGUGGUUCCAGCUUUUCCUCAGAGACCUGCUGUGCCCCCCAGCUCCUUGGGCUUCAUCCAGGCAGCAGGACCCCCAGGUGACUAUCACUCAGAGUCUGCUGAAUCCAUGGAUGAGAUUCCUGUGGCUCAGACUCGCCUGGGGAGCACAGCCCUUCCCAGGCCUCCUAAAAAGAACCCCAGCAACUCUCAACACCUUCCCUUGGCCACAACCAAUCCCAGAGGCGACAGGAAGAAGACUUUGUAUUCUGGGCACAAAGUAAAAAGGAAAAGCUGCCAGCAAGACACACGUGUGGAACGAGACCUGGAACUUUUUACCAAGGUUCCUGCUGUGUUUGUAAGUCAGAGCAGUGGAGAACCUCAUGUCUCCCAGCCCACAUCUGAGCCACCCCACAGAAAAUGCACCAGCAAGCAGCAGGUGGGCAGAUAUGAGGAUAUAAGGACAAACACCACAGUGGCCUAG